AUGACUGAUUUAAAUUGGUGCACAUACUGUGAUAGUUCUAUAAGCCAAACCUCGAACUCCUUAUAUUGUUCAGAGCAAUGCCUUCGCUCAGAUGCUCUUCUUCGACAUCCAUCUUUAGGCUAUGAAUAUCCGGAAUUCAAGCAUUUUUUUAGAAAGUCAGGGUUUAUAGAUGAUAAACAAUUGAGUGGUAAAUUAGCUACAACGGACAUGAGUAUGACGACAAAUGUCUUCGCACCAUCAUCAAAAACAUGUAAAAUAAACCAAGCUAAUAAAAAUUGUAGAUAA